UUUUUGUAUAGCAGAAAUUAAUGCUAGAAAAAUUGUAAAGUUCCUCCAUGAGAAAGAAAACUAGUAUAAUAUGGAGAGUGCGGCAAGAACUCGCCGUGUUUUGUGUGGUGGUAGGCAGCGUCAGAAUGUCACUUGCGGCAACUAACUGAACUAAAGCUCGCUGACGUCAUACCGGAAGUUUAAAAUUUUCUUUUUCCGGAAGACUGCAGUGGUCCAGUCACGUGAUGGAAACAAGAAUGCAGGAAGAAUAGAAUCGAAUACGGGGGCAACGCUGAGGAGUUCGGACGUGACGCCGCAAAGGAGAGGGCUCAUUUCUCGGCGAAAUCGGGUCGCACAAUCGGUACCUUUCUAAAAAGGGUGCGCUCGAUGGCCAGUUUUCGUGGUGCCGUUGAGGUGAUUGCGUAGCAUACCUUCGCAUCGACGGCAAGAAGAGCCCCAAGACGACGACCACCACAAUGGAUCAGACUGCAGUGUCGCGACCUCCGGAUUCGGUGGACAUCAAACUCCCUCACGUCGAGCAAAGCCUAUCGUGGGACUGCGGAGUCUCCUGCGUAGCGAUGGUACUGUCGCACGAGCAGCGCAGCGACUUGUUACUCCACAGGGAUCAGAUAAGCCGCGAGGAAGGCUAUCAUCAAAGCACCUGGACCAUCGACCUGUGUUAUCUGCUGCGGCGAUUCGGCGUCGACCACGUCUACGCGACGGUCACCCUGGGCGUAAACCCCAUGUUCCAGAAGGAGUGCUACUACAAGAAGUCCCUGCAGUGGGACUUCCAGAGGGUCGAAGAUCGGUUCCGCGACGCUGCGUCUCACGGUCUCACGGUUUGCCAGAGGUCUACCACGGUCACCGAGCUGCUCGAACACCUCGCUGGCGGUAAACCGGUCAUAGUGCUCGUCGACCACGGUCAGUUGCAAUGCGACUCCUGUCAGAAGAACAGAGUCGUCGCAAAGAUGGCGGGGGUGUUUGCGCGCUACGCUCCAUACCAGGGACACUACAUCGUGCUGUGCGGAUACAGGCUCAGGGAGAGGAAGUUCCUCUACCGGAACCCGUCGAAAAGCGAGCGUCUCUGCAGCGUCACUUUCGAAACUUUGGACAGGGCCAGGAAACGUCUUGGUACUGAUGAGGACGUCAUAUUCAUUAACGCCGCCUCAGAAGGUGUUGUUCCCUCGUGAGCGACCUCGAAGCGCAUAUUUUGGAGAGUUCUAGCGUAACGCUGGCGCGUCAGGAUACGCUGUAUAACAGAAAGCGCACAGGAGAACAGCUUAGAGCAUCGGCGCUGGUGGUGACGCCUUGCGGCGCGGUGGUUAACCAAAGCGCGUACAAUUCACGUCGCAAUGAACUGUGGUAUUCCACUUAUGUGCUAAUGCCAAGAAAGAAAUUCUCUCUCCUUUCUUUUCAAAGAGAGUUGUCCGAGACAAGUCUUAGUGCAUUACGGUUGACCACAACAUUGAAGGAUGGCACCAUCAGCUUUGCAUCUCCUAAAUGUGCAUUCCGGUAUACAUAGAUGACAUUAUGCUAUGCUAAACCUCUGUUGUUGACAUUGAAGAGCUUAUGGCCUUCAGCAUUUAUUCGUGGCGUGAAGGAGCUUAAUGCCAUUAACCUAUCCCAUAUGACAUGCGUAAAAUGGAGUUGAGAGAGUGAACGUAUUGUGCUGUGGGUGUUAUGCUAAUGAAGAAGUCACAGCGCCAUGUACUUCCUUCUUUGAGUGAUUUUAGCAUGCACUAUAUGCGAAUCACCAGUUUGUUCCAGUGAUCAUGUAAACAUUGGUGCAAUGCAAUAUGUUAACACGCAAUUUAAUGUUAUCGCGUGUAUCCGUAAUUGUUCCUAUUCUCUGCAGUCUACGUACCGAGACCCUGAGAGUAAGUUAUUGACUUGUUAAUUUUUAAGCCUGCCAAUCUAAAGAUAUCUUUUGUGGGAAAGGUGCUAAUUUUUACUGCCACCAGUUUGUUGCUCACUUCAAACCAUUGAAACUCUUGUUAUUUAGUUAGUGUAGCGGUACUUGAAAUAUUGCCAGCAUGUAUAAAAACCGCUACCUUAAUGUGACAGCUGUUUUCAGAAGUAUAGAAGGAGCCCGAGACCAUGCUCAUGCUAUGUUAUGUGUAUGUGGCAGACUUUUACACUCCUGAAAAGUUACUAUGUGUGAUCUCAUUGUGCCAAUGGGUGCUCGUAAUACCCUCCUUGCAAUAUUUUUGGUUUUAUUGUAUGAUUGCUUUGUACACAUGUUGAAUGGUCAUUGACAGCUUCUUUAUAGGUACCAUAAAGCAUUUUGUAAAAAAAAUCUCAAGGAGCUUAAUUUCACUUUGUUAAAUAGUAGGUGUACAGGCACAGCCACUGCUAGCAGGAACACGGCAUCCUGUGGCAGCGCUUCAUGGAGAUCCACUAUUGGUGCCUUGGGAAGUCUUGUGGCACAUGCGCAAUCGUAGAAAUAUACGGAGCACCUGGCGCAUCGUCUGCUAUGGUUCCUUUCAAAUUUUGUGUACCUGCAUGCAGCGUUCGUAACUCAGAGCCACAAGUGCGCAUGAUCGAGAUGCCAAUGCGCGCGGUGCAGGGAAGGAACUGUAGCAGACGACAUGCCAGGCGCUUCAUCUAUCGCUUUGAUUGUGCCUGCACCACAAGGCUUCUUGAGGUGCCGGUGGUGGCGCUCCACAGAGCACUGCCACAUGCUCCCAUGUUCCCGCUAGCAGUGGCCACUGUACUAAGGUAAAUGAGUCGGUGCACCAUGGCUGGCGAGUUUUGUGCCACAACACAGCAGUUGUGCCCUGAACUGUAAUGUGUAACUGCAAGGUUUCUUAAGGAACAUGUUUCUGGUGUACUUUUGGCAGGGCAACGCAGCAUAUGUUAUACAUUGCUCAAAGACUGCAUUGUAGUACCAGCAGAAAUAUGUUCCACAUUGUUACCAACCAAAACAGAAACCUUAUACAGUAUGUUUGAACGACAGAAAGCAGGGAGAGUUGGUAAGGAUUUCUGCCUUGGUGUAGCGACACCAGUCGACAAUGUGCCAAAAGUACAUUGGAAAUGCGCUACUUGUUGUUGCAGCUUCAUACAAAUGGUAAUGUAAUGCAAGUUGUGUGGUGUCUGCAUGCUUAGCGUUACAAGACUUGUGUCAUAACACUGUUGCAUGCUUUGCCCUAAGGAUACUCCUAUUGAACACUAUGUGUACCACUAGCAAAAACCACUCAUCUGUGAUUGUUGGUUGUGCCAGAUUAGCUUAUGACAUUACCUCAAGGUACUCUCUUAUGGAAGCUACUCAUUGGUGCUUGGUUGUGCUACCAGACUUGUGUCAUAACGUUGUUGCAUGCUUUGACGUAAGGAUACUCCUAUUUAACACAGUGUGUAGCACUAGCAAAAACCACUCAUCUGUGAUUGUCGGUUGUGCUAGAGUAGCUUAUUACCUCAAGGUACUCUCUUGUGGAAGCUGCUCAUCUUUGGUGCUUGCCUGUGCUAUACACAACGCAACACUUCGCAAUUCUGUGCAUGUAUGCCUGCUUCAAAAAGUUAGUCUCAUGCCCAGCUGCAGUCAGCGACAGCUCUAAGAAUGUAGUGGCAAAUGCCGCUCGGGGAGAAGAUGCAUUCAUGCACCAGGGAGUCGAAUCAUCCAAUUCUCCUUCCUUGACCUUGCUAUUCAUAGCCCCGUUUUUGCCUUGCUCGAGUGCUGCCGUGGGGUGCGGGCGUUGUUCUAGAGAUACAAACAAUAUGCCUUUCAGGUAAAAAUGUUAAUUAUUUGUGAUGCAUCUUGCAAAUUUUCUCAGCUAUGGGCUAGGAGGAUCUGUUAACGCUUCUCUCUGUUUAUAUAUCACUUGUUCCAUCAUCUGCACCAUUCGUCAUGCUGAACAUAAACUGCCACUUAGCCCAGCUUGGAACUUUCUUGCACAUUCUCCGGAACUAUGGCAAAGCCAGAUAUCAGCCUCCAAACAUCUUUCCAGAGUUCUGCAUCAUAGCUACAUGUGUAGAUGCUAUGAGCUAUCUUUCCUACACCAUUUUCUGUUGUUGGCUGUUCCCGGAUGUGGUAUAUGACAGUAGCAUGUUCGUUGUUGCUGAAUUACAGGGCUGCUCCUCAUUCAUGCCUGUGCCCUGCAAGGAAACUACUUUCUGUGAUCUCGGAGGGCACGGAGAUCAGGCGCAGCUCACGCUUUUGUGGGAGGAGCUUGUACUGCAUUCUAGACUUGUCACUGGCUGUGGGCAACCCCUAGUUCUUUGCUCUUUAGACAUCUAUAAUGUGCAGCAGACUGUGUCAUGCAGCAUCGUCCGAUUUUGAGCAUGAUGGCAUUUACUGUGGUGCACAGAAAUAUGUGCCCUAUUAAUUCUCUAAACUUCUCGUUUUUCUUUAAAAGUCUUCCAUCCUGACCUAUUAGAGAAAAACACAAGUCAUAGGCCUGUCAGGGCAGGUGUGUGUGUGCCACAAGCGCCAUGAAGCCAAUCUUGUGAAAACUGCAACGCACUGUGGACAAAUGAGUUGAACCACACGUGAGCUGGAUAAAGUACUGUAGACAAACAGAGAGCCAUGGCCAGCUUCCAUGCAUUUUGUUGAGAGAGAGAGAGAGAAUAAACUUUAAUAAGAAGAGCACGCGAGCGUAGGUAGCUCCUCCGCUCUGCAGUGGGUGGUCCCCUCAGUCCAGGAGUCCAGCGGCCUUAGCUGCCCUUCUCGCUCGAUUGACCAGGUUGAGCUGAUCCGUCGAGUCGGAGCUGGACAGCGCUGCCUCCCAUUGCCGUGUGGUGGGGUGUGUUAUGGGUGUUAGCUGUGGUGUGUUUGCACAAGCCCAUACUAUGUGGUAAAGUGUUGCAGAUUGAUCACAGUGUGGACAUUUAUGGGAAUACAGCGCAGGGUGUGUGGCGUGGUAAAGACUCAAAUGUGGAUAUGUGUUUGUUUGUUUGCAUUUUGUUGACGAGUGUUUCAAGUGGUGUGCUCUUGUUAGGCAAAUACCACACCAGCUAGAAUCAAACUUGUUGAAUAUUAGAAGUGGAAGCAUGUUUAUUGUAUGUUGUCUCCGUAAACCACGGUUGCGUAUAUCAAUACAGCCAAUUGUGCAAGCAACCUCACAAAUUUUGGGCCUACAGAAGGCUGCAUUUAUCUACUUUGAUCUGUUUUCGAUCUACAUCCUAUUUAGAUCUAGGUACAUAUUAAACAACCUCUGGUGGUCGAAAUCUAAAGCCUAUACAAGUACCCUCGUGACCCACUGUACAGCUUUGGAAUGUUUAAAAUCUUAAUACUAUUGCACGUUCAAAGAAAUAGCUCAGCCAGUGAAGCACACAGAUAAUGUGCUGUUAACUGCAGAGCUACUUUACCAUCAUGCUAGUAAACCACUUAUUUGCCAGCAAUUUCUUCACUGGUACUGGGUGUUCAACAUUGCAGUGAAUUUCUUAUUCAUGCCUUCUGUCCAGGUUGUGAGAUCAUUUCUUGGAAUUUUGAAACCUUGUGGAACAAGGAUUGUCUCUUCCAUUACCUACUGCAGUUGCUUAGUGUCCAGUGGCCAAGCACAAAGUCAUGAUUUCGAAUGCCACCCGCGGUUUGACGGGAACUUGGGAUUUAUGUGCAUGUUAUAGAACCCCACUUGUUCAAAAUUAGUCCAAGGCCCUCCAUUACAGCGUAUCUCAGUUGCUUUGGGAUAUUAAACCCCAUGAAUCAAACUGUUGUUCAUGCAAGUACAAAAUAAGCAUAAAAUCAUUCAAAAAUGCCCCUUCGGCACACUUCUACUGUUGCCUUAGGCCCAUUAACGAUGCAGUAAACAAACAUUUUGCCUGAAUCAGGAAAACUUGCUCAGUGCACAAGCAUGGAUACUCGGGAGUGCAUGUUGCACGAUUUAAUGUCAUUUGGGAUUGGCUGCUGAUAUUGCAAAAUUAAGAAAAAUAUCUUCAAGACCUUCCUUCUCUUCAAAUACUCAUGAAAUGCCAAUAUGCUCCUUAGACAAUCGCUGAAACGAUAAGAGGUGAAAUUCGUUGCAUUUAAAAGAUCACUACUUGUAGCCACUGUUAGAAUGGAAUAUUCUUAUUCAAACUCUGAAAUGCUUACCACAUAGGUAAGUGUGUGAAUCCAGAAAAUAAAUCAAGGCAUGAGGCUUUAGUCGUCUUUUCACUAUUCCAUUUUUACACGUCAACACCUCCUCCUGCUGCUUGUACAGUAUUGUCCGCUGUUAAAGGGAACACAAUAGAAUUAUGCCUUUGACUACGCUGAAUGGCAUAAAGGCCCACGUGUGUGUGUAUAUAUAUAUAUAUAUAUAUAUAUAUAUAUAUAUAUAUAUACAUACAUACACACACAGUCAACGACCGAUUUUUCGGACAUGCACAAUAAUUCAGACGCCUACGCAGCACAGCCACGUACCCCAUAAGAGUCGAUGCAUAAGAACGUCUGAAAUUUCGGACGCAAAAAACCUUCGCCAUCCGAUUCUCCGGGCUUUUUGCUAUGACCGCAGGUCCGAAACGGCAAUAAUUGUAGCCACUACCGGUGCCAUUUCGAUUAUCUCGCAGCCCCGAACCGGCGCUCUCGAACGCAGAUCCGCUGGCAGCCGUAGCCACCACCGCGACACUGCUAGGCCUAGCUACUUCGACAUUCAUUACCAAGCUUCUUUCUGUUCGGUGCCGUGUUUUUCAUUAAACCAAUUCACCGCUGUUAGUAAAGAAGCCGACUAUGCCUUUGUAAUCCUCGUCAAUGGAAGCUGGGAAAGCACGGCGCGUUCAAUAAUGCCAGUUCCCAAAAGUCAGCUUCACCUCAAUACAAUGUUACGCGUGCACCCGCCGUCUCCUAUCAUAAUAGGAGCUACGAUGGGCCUAAUAAGUACUAGCAGGCUUUGAGAGCUAUUUCGGACGUGCCUGUCGCGAUUCGAGCCCUUGGGGGCAGUAAAAGGCACGCAUUCGUUCUUACCGACUGCCCGAUUUUUCGGACGUUUUCGCGGCCCCUAGGGAGUCCGAAAUAUCGGACGUUGACUGUAUAUGUAUACACACAGACACGUCCAGUUGCUUCGGCCACUUUUUUUUUUUUUUCAGCAAAAGCUUGUUAUAUUGACUAUUACAUUAUUACUGGUUAGGCAUUACCUUUAAGAGUAGACUGUACUGUAAGGCAACAGUGUAACACAGAAACAUGAAUUAUGCGAACACCCUUGGUUUCCGAUUAACCUGAGUAUUCGUCACCAUCCACUGGAUGCAUUGUUCCAGGUCAACACGGAGCAACCUUCUUGCUUUCAGCUUUUAUGUCAACUGAUGGGCCUGACAGCAUAUAUUUGUGAUGUGCCAGCUUAAGUGCAAGCAUUCUUUCUCAGAAAGUAGAAACAGAGUUAAGAAUGCAUUUUUUAUUUCCACAAUACAAGAAUGCAGUAUUUGCACUGGUGACAUAUUUACAUCUGACAAAGUGCUCGAGUUCAAAUGUACCACCCUUCCAUUCUUCAUCUGGUGUUAUUACAAAAAUAAAUAUGGUCCUUCUCGACGCGAAACACUCUUUGCACUU